AUGGCGGUGUUCGAAAUUACAGGAACACGGCGAAAAGAGCGAAGGAAAGAAGCGCAUGACAGACUCAUUCUUAUUUUUCUGUUAUUAGGAACGAAAGAAAUCGGUGGUUUGCCGAUUCGAAAUGAAUAUUGUCCCAUCGUUGGUCUUUAUCACUUCAAAUACAGCAUUAACAAUAACUCUGCGAUAUCAUUGGAAUGCAACACGUUCUCCUCCGAGUUCAGUAAUUGCCCGAAUGGCUCGGUGUUACAAUUGAACUUCAAACGAUGCAAUUUCGAAGCGAAGCCUCUUGUAUACAAUUGUUUGGGCAGUUGGCCUGGGCCGAAUGACUCGAAAUAUUUUGCUCUUUGGGAUAACAAUGCUGAUGAUGACAGGCCUGAAUACAGAUGCGGGCUAUACUACAGUGAUAACAAGAAGGGUAAAACUUAUAUGGCAUUUAGCAGUGACUCGAGCUGCACACAGGAUUUAGAAAAUGCAACUAGCGGAUAUGAAACUUUGAUUUUGAGCAAAAGUCUAAAUCAAAAGAUAGUUCCGGAUUUCGUGAAGACUCAUGUUGCUACAUUUCCAAAGUGGGCGCAAGGAGUGUGGGAGGAGUCCCUGAUAGUUAAUGGAACUAUGACUUUCACCGAUCUCAAUGGCUACAACAGUUACACCUUCAUCACAGUGGACUCAAACGAGGAGUCUGGUCGUUAUAUCGUAUACUCUCAGGAUCAAUGCGAGCGAUCCGCUUUUCUGUGUUUAAUGAUGAGGCAACGUAGCGAAAACGUACUGGAAUUUACGUUAGGAGCGAUCUUGAAUUUAGUGGCUUAUCAGCCGGAUUUAUGCGAUGAUCCCCAUUUGGAUGGACCAACAUGGAUGACUCAAGCACGUAUCGAACGUGUAGUGGAAUCACCCUGUCCAAUUACUGGCCAAUACAUGGGAAUGAUAACAGAUUUGUCGGGAAUGUGUGCCGAAUUAAGCAGCAAUUGCAAUACUCGCGAAAUAAUGUAUUUUAAAGUGAGCGAUUGCGAGUCCGGAGAACUUUAUGAAGAACGGACAUAUCUAUGCUUGGGACAGUGGGAGGAAAAAGGCGUGAUGUAUACCUAUACUAUGAGAAAUGACACUGCUACAAAUGAGUGUUUCGUUGGUCUGAUCGUCAACGACGAGGAAAUAUACAUUAAAGAAGCCGGCGAUCAUUGCAUGCGAAAUAUAGAUCCUAAAACGCAGGGUAUGCGUCUCUAUAAAAAAGGUCAAUGUUAUGGAAAUUCGCCGAGUCCUGCACCAACUCCAAUAAAACCAAUCCCUCACAACCCAAUAAUGAGGAUUACAACGACUCCACGAUCGAGGAUAUCAGGAGCUACUCGAGGAUCAGGAAAUGCAGUUUCUUCGUCAACUCUUUACAGGCCAUCAAUGUUCACAACUUUUAUGUCCCUCGCUACUGUGAUCAUUGCGUCUCUAUACAGCCUCUUCGUACACGCUCGAAUAAUGAUACCGUCUUUUCAAACUUCAUAGUGAAUGAAUAUAAUAAAUUAGUAUACACGUUGCUGCAUUUUUGUUAUGUGUGGUAGACAAUCGACAUAAGUAAGCCAGUAAUUUAUUGCGAAGACGCGAAACGAUACUGUAAAGAAAUGUGGAAGUAUGUGUAUUGUAUAUUGUAUUUUUCCACCUCACGCAUCACUCCGCCCACACUGCAUUUUAUGAGAUCUUGCUUGUUUAUAAAACUGUAAAUUAAAAAAAUGUGUUCUGCUCCAUCGAGCGAGCGGUCGAACGCACAUAGAAUUUUACAAAGUGAACAAUUUCAUAGCUGCGAAAUAUUUUUUAUCGAUAUUUAAGACUUAAUGAUAAGAGCUGUAAUUAUACUAUGAACUGUUUCGCCGAUGAUGAAAUUGUGAUGAUUGAUCCCUACUAUGAUACCCUAUGAAUGUUGCUAUUUAUUUAACUUCAGAGCAAGAUAGGCUACAAGUUAGGUCUCAGUCGUAUGCACUGCCUUGUAAGAUAGAUAUUUUCUCGUGACUUUUCACGAAGAUCCAAAGAGCCACUGCCGUAAAUAAUAAUUUUCUUAUGAAACAACAUUACAUUAAUAUGAAAACAUGAUACAGUACUCUAAAAAGGACAGUAAUUAUUGAUAUAAUAAUUUUUUAAUAAUAAAUUCAUUUUAUUUUAAAAAAUGCUAUGAGAUAGGAUUUUGAGAUCAUUCAUAGUAAACUUUCUUUAAAUUAAAUAGGACCUGUCAAGCAUCCCUUAUAUCUUUGUAUUAUUUAGAGUAGUCCAAACAGUGAUAUUUUUUAUAGUGAUACAAGUAAAAUUUCUCUCAAAUGUUCGUAGAGCAGAAAAUGCGCCAUAAUAAAAAAAGGAAAUAGCUCGAUAUAGAAAGAUAAAUGAAUUAUACAGUUAUAUAAGACUGACAUAAAGCUAUUAUUUUAAUACGAUAUGAUUAAAUCUUUUUUAGCUUCUUUUUUUUCAUUUAUUAAGAAUAAAUGAUUAUAGCAGAUAUAUAUUCUUAAUCAAUAAAAAGAUGUAUUUUCACGAAAAAUACAUAUCAAUGAUGUAAAACUUUGCAAA